AUGACUAUGAGUGAUAAUAUACCAUUUGUUGUAAGUUUGGAAGAGAAACAUGCUACUGAAUUAGAAAUAGUUGGUGGUAAAGGAGCAAAUUUAGCAAUUUUAUUUCAACGAAAUUUUAAUGUUCCUGAUGCUUUCAUAAUAACAACAAAUGCAUUUCAACAUGUACUUAAUAAUGAACAAACAAAAAAUGUUCUAUUGUUAAUAGAUGAAGUUGAUGUUGAUAAUAUAAAAGAAUUAGAAGAUAUUAGUAAUAAAAUAAAACAAACAAUUUGUAAUAUAAAUUUACCAAAUGACAUAAUUAAUUUAAUAAUAGAACAUUAUAAUAAAUUAUGUGAAAAAAAUUCUAAUAUGAAUAUUCA